AAAGUUUCGUCCACCAUUUCGCUCUCGCAAGUCGCAAGCCACCGAUUUGUUUACAGGCGCCGGAGCUCCCGACGACGACUGAGCCAUGUGCGGCGGCGCGAUCCUUGCCGAGCUCCGCGAGCCGGCGCCGCGCCGGCUCACGGAGCGGGACAUCUGGCAGCAGAAGAAGAAGCCCAAGAGGGGCGGCGCCGGCGGGAGGCGCUCGUUCGCGGCGGAAGACGAUGAGGACUUCGAGGCCGACUUCGAGGACUUUGAAGCCGACUCCGGUGAUUCGGAUUUGGAGCUCGGGGAAGGGGCUGACGACGACGUCAUCGAGAUCAAGCCCUUCGCCGCCAAGAGUACUUUCUCCAGAGAUGGCUUAAGCACCAUGACUACUGCUGGUUAUGAUGCCCCUGCAGCAAGGUUGGCCAAAAGGAAGAGGAAGAAUCAAUACAGGGGUAUCCGCCAGCGCCCUUGGGGUAAGUGGGCUGCUGAGAUCAGAGAUCCCCAGAAGGGCGUUCGUGUUUGGCUUGGUACUUUCAAUAGUCCGGAGGAAGCUGCAAGAGCUUAUGAUGCUGAAGCGCGCAGGAUUCGUGGCAAGAAGGCCAAGGUUAACUUUCCUGAUGCACCAGCAGUUGGUCAGAAGUGCCGUUCUAGUUCAGCUUCUGCUAAAGCACUCAAGUCAUGUGUUGAACAGAAGCCAAUUGUCAAAACAGAUAUGAACAUCCUUGCCAACACAAAUGCACCCUUCUACCAAUCUGUUAACUACGCAUCCAACAAUCCAUUUGUUCCAGCAAUGAACUCUACUGUUUCUUUUGAGGAUCCUAUCAUGAAUCUGCACUCUGACCAGGGAAGUAACUCCCUUGGCUGCUCAGACUUGGGCUGGGAGAAUGAUACUAAGACACCAGACAUCACAUCCAUUGCUCCCAUUCCCACUAUUGCUGAAGGCGAUGAGUCUGUAUUUGUCAACUCCAAUUCAAACAGCUCGAUGGUGCCUCCUGUCCUGGAGAACAAUGCUGUUGAUCUCACUGAUGGGCUGACAGAUUUGGAAUCCUAUAUGAGGUUUCUUAUGGAUGGCGGUGCAAGUGAUUCAAUUGAUAGCCUUCUGAACCUUGAUGGAUCACAGGAUCUUGGUAGCAAUAUGGACCUCUGGACCUUCGAUGACAUGCCCAUCGCUGGCGAUUUCUUCUGAGGAAUUUGAAGCUUGGCCAUAGGACUAUGUACAUAGGGACUAGGGAAUAAAGACUGGGAGAUUGGGAAGCACCUGCUUGGCACCUUGGGGUAGCAUAUGCUCGUGUCUAGCUCAGAUGCAGAAGUCGCAUUCUGAAACUCUUUGGUUAUCGACCUGUUCCCUAUUUUAACUAUCUCUGUAUGAGAGCCAUUUAUGAGACUGAACCAUUUUACCAUUUUGUUUUCCCCCUUCUUUCGUUGUUACAGUAUAUGGUUUAACAUUAUGAUUUAUGGAUAUGUGGCCAAACAUGCCUUUUAUA